AUGGCUUCGGAAUCGCCUCAAAUUGAAAUGACACCUCCGAGGACGGGCCUCGGGGAUCAGGCGACCAGUCCGGUCGCAGAUUCGGCUAAGAGAAAGGCGGAACAGGGCAACGGAACUCAGACGCGCGCAAAGCGGAAUCGUUACAUCUCCAUCGCAUGUAAUGAAUGCAAGCGUCGCAAGAUCAAAUGUAAUGGACAGGUUCCAUGUCAACGAUGCGGGCAUCUUAAUCUGGAAUGUCGAUAUGCGCCAAAUUGCUGUAGCAACAGCUUCAAAGACUCGGAGGAAUUUCGGUCAAUGGGGUCGCAGAUAGCGACGCUGCAAGAUCAAGUCAAUAGUCUUUUUAAUAGCCUCAACGACCUGCGAACCCAGAAGCCCAGCUUUGAGAGCCCUUCCUUUGAUCACCUAUCUCGUGAUGGCUCCUCUCAGUCCGUUUUCACUCCUCUGCCCGGCGCGAUGCCAAAGGUUCGAUCCAGGCAUCCACGCUUCCAUGGUCCAACGAGCUCAGCAUUUAACUUUGAUGUUGCCAAAUCGAGCCUUCAAAGCAUGGGUAUCGCGCCGGCGGAAGAUGUGAUAGCUGACGAUUUGACAACGGCGCAUGUUACCCCGGCUGGCUCGCCGCCUCCGAAUAUAAGCCCUCAUGUUCCCACUAUCCACCCGACUAAGGAUCCUCUCUGGGCCAUUCGCCGUGAGGAGACCAUACGGCUAUGUAAAGUAUACGAGGAAGAAAUUGGGAUCAUGUAUCCCUUGGUCGACAUCACUACGGUCAUCAACCAGGCUAAUCUACUCUACACAUUCAUGGAGGCCGCCACGCGCACUGGUUUUGCACAGCGGAGUUUCCCUGGAGCCGACAGCCUCCAUGACGAGAGCUCAAUUCUUUUGAAGCUCAUCCUCGCGACCACCCUGGUUGUGGAAGGGGGUGGGCAGAGUGAGCUUGGUCAGCGACUAUAUUUAAGCAUCAAGCCUGUGAUUGAAUCUAAGCUAUGGGAGCCUCACGACAUCAGAAAUAUUCAACUCUUCGCCAUCGUGGCAACCUACCAUUUUCACACAGACGACGAUGCUAUGGCCUACCGACUGAUUGGCUUGGCUGCGCGCAUGUGCCUGGAGAUGGGGUUCCAUCGACGAGAAGCCUUGAUCAAAUCAUUCCCAAACGAAGAUCAAUGGAACGAAGUUACUCGCAUAUUUUGGACCGUUUACAGUUUGGAUCGACGAUGGAGCUUGGGUACUGGAUUGCCGUUUGUUAUCCAGGAUGAGGAUAUUGAUCCUAACCUACCAGAGCCGGAUGCAUCUUUGCCUUAUCUGCGGUGCAUGAUCUCUUAUAAUCGAAUCAGCUCCAAGAUCUGGUAUUCCGGCCUCGGUUCAGAAGGAACGACAGAUAUUCGACGCGAUGAGAUCGGUUACUUGGAUUAUCAGGUUUUGCAGUGGUACAAACAAGUACCAGAUGAACUGAAAUUCUAUCCCGUUGAAUCCCCCAAGAAUGGAGAGACUGCAAGCCGCGGCAUGAGACGUCUCCGGAUUCUGCUGUACUUGCGAAUGAACCAGCUACGAAUCCUGAUCUACCGCCCAGUCCUUCACUCUGCGGCGAGCAUUGCCGAGGAUCGAGGCCAUGCUCAGACCGUGGUGGAUAUUGCAAAGGACACCGUUCGAGUGCUUACACGUCUUAAUCAGAUGUCUGAUAUCUACCGCACCCAGCAGAUCACCUUUAACUACUUCCUUGUUGCUGCACUAGCGGUACUAUUCCUUGCUGUGUGUCAUGCACCUGCCGACUUCAACCGGCAAGUCCGGGACGAGUUCUACAUGGCUUUGGACUUGAUCAACGGGUUCAGUACCAAAUCAUUUGUAUCAAAGCGGUUAUGGAAGACCAUUAGAGGUCUUCGCAUGAUUGGAGAGAAACUUGGAGUCCUGGCCCGCCCGUUUGGUACUGACUCUAGUGACCCCCAUUCUACCGCAGCGGUGGCUAUGGCAGGCCUUGCCGGGCAUUCGAUCGAUGAUCUGGCUGCCUAUGGGCCAGUGAAUGGAAUUGACGAGCUUGGAAAUAGCCCCUUGAAUGGUGUCCAGAUGAGCCAUGAGCUGACACAUUUGUUUGAGGCAGUCGGUUCAUUUGGCAGCUUCAUGCCUGGCACCAGUGGCCCAGAGGGUAUCAAUGGAUUUGUUGGCACGGAUGGUGAGAUCCAAAAUACUGGUGAAGGGCUUUCUGGGAUUCUUGGUGGCGAGGAAGAAUUUUCUCGUAUCCUCCGUGACUUGUUCUGA